AUGUUCAUCACAAUAUUUUGUAAACUUCAUUCGCAUACUAUUGAAGGUGGUAUCUUUACAUCACCUACAGAGGAAAACAUCGAACAAAUUCAAGCAAACAGUAACAAUAAACAUCGAGCAAGUAGCAUUGGUGUCGAUUUAACUCCUAGUAAUCAAAAUGAAAGAACUGAACGUUUAAAAAUGUUAGAAGGCGGCUUUCGCCAUCAUAACAGUAAACAUAAUCGUUUAAAUAUAUUUUCGUAUAUACGUCGAAUAUUUCAAAAACAUCACAAAAGAAAAACGUUUAAUCAAUCGAUCGAGUCACUAGAUAGUAACGAUAAUGAAUUAUCUGAUCAAACUGAUUCACGAUUAAAAAGACAUGUUUCUACUACAUUUUAA